AACGUGACAAAAGAGACUAUUCUACCUAUUUGUUUUUAUUAUUAAACACAUUUUCUCAGUGUGUUAAUUAAUUUGUUAUAAAUUGUUGUAACAAAGUCAUUUUGACGCAUCAAACGCGUCUAAUACCUAUCAUGCUUAUUAAAAUAUUAUUAUUAUAUUCGUAAACAUAUCUAAUAUAUACAUAUUAAGUUCUAUUAUAUAUUUAGAUUUGCACUGGUUUCUCUAGAACACUGCUCUGAAGGACUCUGAACCAUUUGAUUAUGCAUAAACAGUGGAAUCCCCCUAUAGAUUAUUCAGUGAGUACCACGUGAUUUUAGGUCACACAAUAUAGAAUUAAAUUAAUGUGUUAUACACUUAAUGUGUUAAUACAUUUAUACACUGACUGACCAUUUCAUUUACUAUACUGUACAUUAUGACUAGAGCCCCAUAAAGAUGGUUAUGGGACACAUAAAUUAAGAUGCCAGUUAAUACAGUUAUACACUGACUGACCAUUUCAUUUACUGUACUGUACAUUAAUGACUAGAGCCCCAUAAAUAUGGUUAUGGGACACAUAAAUUAAUGCCAGUUAAUGCAUGUGCCUCACACUUUUGUCCUGUUUGUGACUUUCCUGGCCCCUCAGUGUCUGCCUACAAGCUCACAUAGUGUCAAUCUACAUGUAUGUUGUUCUACAGUGGCUAAUGAAAUCACAAAUCAAGUCCAGUAAGAGUAUGAAGCCAGAAUUCUACAUUUUGUAAUGAUUUAUUUAAUUACGGCACAUACACGUUUUGGUACAUUACUGUCCUUUAACAAUUGGUUUUAAUGCUAGCUACAUUACAGCACAAUUAACAAUGCAGUCAGUAAAUUGUCCUAUUGGAAUUUCUUGCAGAUAGAGAAGUGUCCAGCACAGCUCAAACAACAGACGUCAAUUUUUGGGGGUCGUCAGAGCUGUGUGUGCGGGUACCACUGUGUAAAGACCACUAGUGAACAUACAUCUACUGUGCCAUGCACAUCAAGACAACCUGUGUGUUCCAGCCCCUCUUUACCCACACUCACAGUUUCCCAGCGACAAAUAUUUAAACCAUCUCGUUUUGGUGGAAAGCAUGUCGCUGCAGCAAAACCAGUGCUUAGUCAGGCCAGGCCUCCAACUAAGGAUCAUGCCACUGACACUACUACAGCUGGCCCACCUGCAUUCACCAGUCCUGCUGUUGCCAGGGCCACAUCCACUGCCCUGCAGCAAUCAUGCAGUCCCAAGACUUACAUCCAGACCACAUCCCCUUUUUCCUUGCCUCCUUCUUUAUCUACCUCUGCAAGGAGGAAGCCAUCCACCUUGUCGAUGUCUUCUGUGUCCACCGUUUCUAGUGAAUCCAUUACCACCAGCUGUGCAUCAGAUGACUGCCCCAGUGUGGAAACCACUCUAUCCAGUCUUCCCUCUGUUGUACCUGCUGUCCCACCUGUCCCUCAGACUCCUUCUCAAUCUCCUGCUCUGUCAUCUUCUGGUUUCAAUGAUUUCUGGUUGCCAGCAGAGAUGAAGAAAAACAUCCCUCUACAAGACCAGAAAUGGAUAGCAUCCACAUUGUGGGGGAAUCAGAGACUUAGAAGUGGCCUGAAGCUAUGGUAUGAGCCACCUACACCAGCUCUGAUUUACCAUCAGGUGCCCACACCAGAUCCCUUCUUCACCCAUCGUCUUCUUGUGUGGAUGCCAUACCACCUGUGGAAGGUCAGGUUGCAGUGCCCAGACUGCGGCAAGCAGCUGACUGGUUGCGGAAUCCAUAAAAGAGUGCGACAUGUCUUGGACAUUGACAGAUAUUACCUGAUGGUGACCGAGACUCUCCGUUGCAAUUUUUGUAAAGUCACCCAUCUGUCAACAAGCAAGACCGUCCUGGACCAACUGGAUGUCCCUCACCGGUCAGAGUUCCGAAUCAUCCUCACACGAAAGUAUGCUUGUGAUAUUAGGGUCAUCCGUCUGAUGAGAGAGAGGACAUUGGGGAACAGCUGCAAUCGUCUCCUAAAGCAGCUAAAAGAAAAUCACAGUGAGGAGUGGUUGAUUCGCCUUGCCAGAUAUUUUGGGGAGUGUGAAUCUUUUGUAGCGCAUCCCAGCCUUUUUCCUGUGGUUUUUCAAGAGCCCCCAGAGCCGAUUGCUGUCCCCACAGAAAGAUGGCUUCUUACAGUCUACGGAAAGGACAUAAUGAGUCGAGUCGACCACAUCAAGGCUUCCAUUACGUCCAUUUUUGGAUCCAUCUUAAAAAUGGACUCCACUAAAAAGGUAUUAGAUCAUUACUGUGUAACAUUUAGAUAAAAUUCCACUCAGGGUUUUUGUGUGUGAAAUGCUCUGUUCUAAAGAAAUGUGUGGAGUCAGAAUUGUUCUUGGCUUUGCUGUUUGAAAUUUUAUUUGCUUCUAAAAUUACCUCUAUUUUAUGAUCAACACACAAAACACUUGUAGGUUUACUGGUGGUUUUGAAUAGCAAAUGAAAUGGCUUUAUUUGCACUGCAGAUAUAACCUCUCCUUUCUAUCACCAUAUGUUAAAUCAGUGAGAUUCAGUAGGUUUCUCUACUAAUUAACAAUUCCCAUUUAACAAUGGCUGAUUAUUGAUGCAAUGCAAUCUUAUGUCCUAUUGUUUUGUUAGAUCACAAGGAAG